AUGAAUACAAUACAACUUCAACCACCUAAAAGUUGUGAUUAUGUAGAUUUAAAAGAUUUCCUUGUUUUUGCAAGAAAAGACAAUGAUAAUUUUAUAUAUGAAGUUAAUAAAAUUAAAAAUGGAGAAAAUACAUUAAGUGAAUGUGAAAAGGUAUGGAAUUCACUUGAAAGUAAACAGUUAUUACGUAGUCAACUUAUUUUAAAUUGUAUAGAAGAAACAAAAAAAGAAAUUGAAUCAUUAAAUACUCCUAUUAUCACAACUACUACCAAUAAUAAUAAUAAUAAUAAUAAUAAUAAUAAUAAUAAUAAUAAUAAUAAUAAUAAUAAUAAUAAUAAUAAUAAUAAUAAUAAUAAUAAUAAUAAUAAAAAUAAUAAUAUCAUGGAAAAUUCUAUAGAUCAAACAGAAAAAAGAAAAUUAACCAAUAAAUUAAAUAUGUUAAAUAUGGAAUUAGAGGUUGAAUCAAUUUUAACAGCAGCAGCAAAAAAAGUUUUUCAUAAAGUUUGUAAAUAA